GCAUAUAUGUCCUUCACUUUAACGGAAGACUAAAUAGGAAUACGUGAUACAAUUUAUUCGGUGAAAUAAAUGUCGGUCGGUAGAUAAGAUUAUGAAAGAUGUAUGUCCGUUAAUAUAAAGGUUAUAUACACUCUAAUUUUUUAAUAACAGGAACGCGAAUACCCCAAAAGUAUGAAGAAAAGUACUGCAUACUAUUUACGAUAUUUCGAAUGUAUAUUUUUUUUUUCUAUAAAGAGUCUAUCACUUCAAGAAGCAUUAUAUAGACCGCCUGUACCUAUGUCAGCAUAAAUAAUUAUUUCCACGACUCGAGAAAGGAUUGUACUUCAAAAAGCAUGACACAAAUAGUCUACUUAUUCUAAACAUUAAUGAUUAUUUUCAUGACUUGAAAAAGAAUCACAGUUCAAAAAGCAUACCAAUCUAUCCGACUAUUUUCACGACUCAAACUCAUAACCUAUAAAUCAGGUCGCAACAAAAAAACUUUUAACCACAUUUAAAAAAAAAGGAUGAAAAGGACUUGAUUGUUAAGUCUCCUCCUUUAUAUAAUGGAAGUGGACUAGUCUUCUCUCCUCGUCUAUUUUUGUUGUUGCUUCCACAGAGAAACAACACUCCAAAUUUAAAUUGUCUUUCUUUCUCCACAGUUAGUUGCAGACAAAAACAAAAGCAAUAGUAAGCACAAAACUUUUUCCUCCUAUAUCUCAAUAAGUACCAAAACAAAAUCAGAGAAAAAAUGAGUUUCUUGUCUUCUUUCUUUGAAAAUUCUGAAUAAACUAAUCAUCACUCAUUUUUUCCGUUUUAAGAAGAAGAAAGAAAAAAAAUUCACUUCAAUUUCCUCAAUGUCUUCUGAACUUUUUGUAUUUGACAACUUUUUCACUGACCCUUUUUCUCCCUCUUUCAUUGACAACUCAAUUUUUCAAGAAAACAACAGUUUCACCAUGCCCACCAACUAUUUGAUACAAGAACUCCCUGAAAACAAAAUUGAUGAAGCGACUUCAUUUGAUCAAAUCACUUCAACACUUCUAUCAUCUUCACCUCCAAGUCAUCAAUUUGAGAAUCUUUCACUUUAUCCAAUUGUAAAUCCAAAUUUUGAAUUUGGUGAUUACUCUGUUAAAGCAGAGGAAUUUCCAGUUCAAGUCCAAUUUGAAUCUGAUCAUUUUGGUGCUUUUCAAAAUGAUGUGAAAUUGAUGCAAAGGAGUUUUAGUAGCAAUUGUUUUGAUAAUAAUAAUAAUAAUAAUGAGAAACAAAGUUUCUCUAUUUUUACACCAAACUUUGAUAGUUUAAUUGAAUCUACAAAUUUUCAAACAUCAGCAGCAAUUAGCUCACCUGAAAACAGCUUUUCUUCUGGACAAAUGAGAAGAGUUUGCAGCACUGGUGACUUGCAAAAAAUGAAGACAAGUCAAACGAAGAACACUUUAUCAACAAGUCCAUUAUCAGGAGAAAGAACAUUUAUCGAAGAAGCAUCAAAUAUCAAAGUUGGAAGAUAUACUGCAGAAGAAAGAAAAGAAAGAAUUCAUAGAUACAGAGCAAAAAGAACUCAAAGAAAUUUUAACAAAACAAUUAAGUAUGCAUGUCGAAAAACACUAGCAGACAAUCGUCCAAGGGUUCGUGGAAGAUUUGCUCGUAACGAUGAAGUUGGUAUUGAGAUUCCGAAAACUUCAUCAUCAACAUUGUUUAAUCGAUACGAAGAUGAAGAUGAUAUUUGGAUUGAGGGAGUUCAUGAAGAGGAAGAAGAUCGUCAAGGCUCAAUAGGAAGAAAACAAUUUUAUCACAACUUUGGAUCAAUGACACAAUAUCAUCAACAAUAUUCAAGACACUAAAUUGGGUCAUAAUUAGAGAUUAAAUUUUAUAAUUAAGUCAUUAAAGUUUGGAUUAAUUAACCAUGAUUAAUGGAGGAUAUUAGCUUUGGUUUUAAUUUAUGAAUAAAUUAAUUAGGUGCACUUGCAAGUGCUACAACUUAAAUGUCUAUGGAGGGGGUAGACUAGCUAUAGCACAAAUUGUUUUUCUGUCUUAUUUGUUUAGGAGUUCAUUAGUUACUAUUAAGAGGUCAUCUACAACUUAUUGUCUUCUAUUUUAUUUUAUUUUUAAAAAAUGUAUAAGAUUUCUAUUAA